AUGACUGGAACCACUGUACCAACAUUAGAUCAAGUCUGCAUCCCAGAGACUCUUUUAAAAAAAAGAAAAACCAACGACAAAGCGGCCACAGAUGCAGCUCAAAAGAAAUCUGAGCAGCGAAAGGCCAAUCUGGAAGUACGCAAGGUAAUCUUUAAACGAGCCGAUCAGUAUGUGCGUGAAUACCGACAAAAAGAAGAAGAAGAGAUCCGGUUACGCCGUCAAGCCAAGAGCGUAGGCGACUUCUUUGUACCAGCACAACCUCAACUUUUAUUUGUGAUCCGUAUCAAAGGCAUAAACAAUAUUCAACCAAAAGCACGGAAAAUCUUCGAGUUAUUUAGGCUACUUCAGAUCAAUAAUGGUGUAUUUGUACGUCUCAACAAAGCCACAUCGAACAUGCUACAGAUUAUCGAGCCGUUUGUCGCCUAUGGUGACCCUAACCUCAAGACAGUGCGAGAACUGGUUUACAAGCGUGGAUUUGUCAAGGUCAACGGCCAACGUAUUCCAAUUACUGAUAACAAGAUUAUUGAGAAGUCCUUGGGAAAGUACGGUAUAUUGUGCGUAGAAGAUAUGAUCCAUGAGCUAUUUACGGUUGGCGACCAUUUCAAGCAAGUCAAUAGUUUCUUGUGGCCAUUCAAGUUGAACAACCCGAGCUCAAAGGCAUCAUGGAGACCACGAAAAUCCAAGCAUUAUGUGGAAGGCGGCGAUGCUGGAAACAGAGAAAGUGAUAUUAAUAAACUUGUUCAGGCCAUGAACUGA